GGUGCCCAACGGAAUCCUACUUUCUCGAUCAGCUGACCAAAGAAGAGGUCUGGGAUCACCUCUCCUUGGCAGAUAGUGCCAACAACGUCAUGACUGCUAGCGUACCAGGCGAGGACAAAUGGAGCAACGUGGAAAAUAGGGACCUGGGUGGCCCCGGCCUUGUUUCUGGUCACGCAUACUCUCUCAUUGGUGUGUACAAAUCCAAGCGGGGUCAUCGCUUAAUUCAGCUCCGCAAUCCGUGGGGUGAACUUGAGUGGACUGGCGACUGGUCCGACAACUCGCCCCUCUGGACUUCUGAUAUGUUGGAUGAGGUCAAGCCGACGCGCAAUGCCAAGGAUGGCCUCUUCUGGAUGUCUCUGGAGGACUUUUUGCAAUAUUUCUCGGCCAUCAACAUCUGCCACGUGUGCAGCGCUGCCGAGGGCCUGCCAUGGCGCGAGUCUCGAGCUAAAAACAUUCUGAAUCUCCAAGAUCAGCAGCGGCCGACCGUUCCUUCCUUCACCGUGCGCAGUGCCACCGACUGCCUGGGCUGGAUUUCGUUGCACCAGGACGAUGAGCGUGUGCUGCACGGUCAACCUUACGUUGAUCUAGCUUUGAUUGUCUUGCUGUACACACCCGAUGGCCAGCUCAGCUUUGUUGAGGCUGCAUCUGGCAGCUGGACACGUCAGACCCAGCUUCGUCUUCAGCUGCAGCAAGCCACCUAUCACGUGGUGCCCUUUACGACUGGGCGAACACACGAUAAAGUGGCAUACCCUCUACCCUCUGCCAACGUGUUUGAUGCCUCACACCUGCUGAGCAAUAAAUAUCUCAGCAUUGUUUGGGAGGUCUUCCGCCGCUAUGACCUGGAUAUGAAUGGGUUCUUGACGCCUGAAGACUUUGCCCGCCUCGCGAUGCGAGCCAAACUGGUUGCGAGUGAGCAAGAGGCGUAUGAUGUGGCCGAAACUUUGGACCAGCGCGCGGGAGCGGGCAUCACGCGUGACGGCCUGGUGACCUUCAUUUCACGUCAUAAUGAAUCGGAGAUCCACGAAGCCCUGCUGAACCUGGGCUACUCUCAGGACCUCCAGACCACACAAGAACGAUCUGUGGUCCUCUCGGUUCAUUCCACAGCCAAUGCCCCCAUUGUGCAGAACGCCUACGAUCAAGAGCUGGAACAUAAGGCCUUGGAAUUGUGGAUCCGCGCCCGAGGUAAAUCAAAGGAAUACGACAACGGCAAGCUCCUCGUGUGGGAGCUGGGGCGAGGCGACAGCGGCACAACCAUUGCAGUCGAAACGCAUUAUACACGCGAGGCCGAAGUCACGAUUGACUGUUCGGGAUCCAACAACGUGGCGUUUUCCAACGAUAACCCAUGCCUGGUUAAGCACGUGGAGCCAGGCAAGAUGACCAUCUUUCACCAUUUGUCGCCCUUGGACCCGACGAAGUCCUGGCGCUGGACAUACCAGCUAAACCUGCGGACGGCAGCCAUGGAGCCGGAAGCCAAGCAAGCCAAGCUGCUGGCUCGACCUGCGCAGGCGCGGAUGGACAAGUUUUUGUCAUGGGACAGAGGUUGGCGCGCACGCAUGCCUGGUCUCACGCAGCGCUGGGGCGGCAGGUGCACUUCCAUGAACAUUACGAUCAGCCCCAACGUCAAGGUGACCGCGGAUGACGUGGUGCACGGGUUUGGCAUGGUAGCUGCCACCUCGCUGGCCGAAGGAGACGUUCUUUUUGAGAUUCCACGCAGCGCCUUGAUCACCGUGAACAACUCCCAGAUCAAUCAACAGCUGUCAGAAAUGGCCGCGGCCUGGGCUGAGGAGGAGGACGAACCCGAGGAUGGCGAUGGAGAUCCUCGCCAGUGGACUCAGCUUGUUUGUGCCAUGAUGGUGGAGAACACGGACCCCGCGUCCCGCUUUCGACCCUAUCUCGACUUUUUGCCCGAUCACACAACGCUUGCUCAUCCCAUGUUGUGGACCAGCGCCGAGCGCGAUCAGCUUCUGGCUGGCUUACGUCUUGCGCAGGACGUUGAGAAUGACCUUGAGAUGAUCAACUCUCAUUUUCAAGAGCUGGCUCUUCCCUUCUUGCGCCGCCAUGCGUUUCCUGCUCUUGCAGAGCUGUCAGAUGAGGACCUGCGUCGCAACUUCAUGGCCUUUGCCGCUGUGGUCAUGGCCUACAGCUUCACGGAUGACACCACGGGUGAGGUGUGCAUGGUGCCCGUCGCCGAUAUUCUGAACCAUGUCACGGGCAAAUGCAACGCCAAGCUUUAUUACGCCAAGGACGCUCUUCAGAUUUUCAACACCUAUGGCUCAUUGGACAACCAACAAUUGCUGCAAAAGCACGGCUUUGUGGAGCCCACCGGGACGCCCUUUGAUGAGUCUAUCUUACCCGUUGAGGAGCUGGUGGCUGCGCUGCGUCCGUCUUUUGAGGGCGUUCUUGACGACGCGGCCGUUGAGCGCAAGUUGGAUCUACUCCUCGAACGAGGCUUUGCUUCCGGUCCUCCCGCCUACUGUGCGCUUGGCCGCAUCGUGCUCGAGGACAUGCAAGAUCACAAUCGCAACUUUUUGCGUGCCAUCAGCAUUCUUGUUGCCCGGCCCGAGCAGAUGGAUGCUUUGGAGGAGGCUGCUUACACAGCCGAGGGCUAUGGCUCAGACGAAGAAGAUGACGAUGAGGAAGAAGGUGAAGGCGAAGGCACCCAGGCCUCUGCGGCAAGUGGGCACCUUGGUCGUGACGCCACUUGCUUUACCAACUAUCUCAAGGUCCAGGAGGAUCCCGUCCUCCGCAAGUUGCCACUGGAAGCAUUGGGGGCUGUGCUCGAGAUGAUGCAGGAAAAGAUUGACGCAAACCAAGCACGGCUGGCAGCUUUGGCGUCCAAUCCAUCAUCCAAAGUCCUGGGUGUGUCCCAGCUGCUGCGUGACGACUCAGCCGUCUUGACCUCUUGGCGACAGAUUGCCCUUGAGUAG